ACGUGAGAAAUUCUGGAAGAAAGCUUUAUCUUUCGCCUCCAGAUUUCUCUUGGAAGGAAAAUAUCACAAAUCCAGGAUGGACCAGAUUUUUAACAAGGUAGGCUCCUAUUGGUUGGGUCAGAAGGCCACCAAGGAGAUGAGUUCCGUCGGCGACGACAUCAACUCAUUACAAGACAGCAUUGAAGGAGGAGCAAAAUGGUUGGUAAAUAAAAUUAAAGGGAAAAUGCAAAAGCCAUUGCCAGAGCUGCUAAAAGAGUAUGGCCUUCCAAUAGGAAUCUUCCCUCGUGAUGCCACCAACUAUGAAUUCGAUGAGGAGACAAGAAAGCUUACUGUCUUUAUUCCCUCAAUAUGUGAAGUGGGUUACAAGGACUCGUCGGUCCUUCGCUUCUCCACCACUGUAACCGGGUAUCUGGAGAAAGGAAACCUGGUUGAUGUAGAAGGUAUGAAGACAAAAGUGGUGAUAUGGGUAAAAGUAACUUCUAUCUCAGCUGAUGGAUCAAAGCUCCAAGUUACAGCUAGGAUAAAGAAGACCAUGAGUAGGGAGGCUUAUGAGGUUCUCAGAGAUGGUGUUAGUGUAGAUAAGUUUUGAAGCAAUCAAAAUUCAGUAACGCACUAUCAUUGCAAGCUGGAACUACUUUUCCACAGCUUGUGAAGUCUCAUACAAUUGACUCCAUUAUCUUCAAGAUUCAAGUAUAAAGACCGCUCAGUUAUGGCUCGUAUUUCCUAUGGUUGUUGGUCGCUAUAAUGUAAUACUCCAUUCUACAUUAAAGGUCCUGGAACGGUGGUAAUGACAUGCUUAUCAUUUAUUUGGACAUUAUGAUAUACAGUUAGCGAUUGUGUAUGAACUAUGAAAUCUUAUCAAUGUGUAAGGGAAGUGUUUCCAGAGGUUCUGAGGAUGCCCCGUUUUCUAAUUCUG